ACAAAAACGUCCUAGCAUGUUGCGGCUAAGCAGCCAGUUUAUACCUGUAAAUACAUGUACGCUACAAUUUCACAUAUUUUAAUGAAAGCACGUCAGUAAACGGUGUAGUUUCGUGGCAACUUGUAAAUUAAUCAACCAUUAACAAAUUCAACUUGCUGGGCGAGUUAAUUCAGCAUAUGAAUAGUAAGGUCUAGAUCUGUCAUGGAUCUGCCCUUGACAAGUAUGUUCAUUUGAUUAAUCUUUUGUUAAUUUGUGGUUUGUACCAAUUAUCAGCUGACUAGACUAAACUGCGUAAACAUACCUAACCAGACACGUCAGUGCCUGAACACCACCCUUUCAUGGGUAUAUAUACUGUAACACAACGAGUCGGUGUUCGGAGAAAGGCUUUGAGCUGUCAGAAGAAUUGGAAAGAUGUGGGUUUUUGGUUACGGAUCUUUGAUUUGGAAAGUUGACUUUCCAUACGAGGAGAAACGUGUUGGAUUCGUCAGGGGGUUCAGUCGCAGGUUUUGGCAGGGAAGCACCGAUCAUCGAGGGGUUCCAGGAAAGCCUGGGCGAGUGGUGACAUUAAUAGAAGACCCUAAGGGUUGUGUAUGGGGUGUUGCUUAUAAAUUGCCAUUAGGCCGAGAAAAGGAGGUGAAAGAGUAUCUAGACUACAGAGAGAAAGGUGGGUAUGGCGUGAUCACCGUUACAUUUUAUCCCAAAGAAGAAGAACAUAAACCAAUGCAGGACACGUUGCUCUACAUUGGAUCCUGCGGCAACCCAAAUUACCUUGGCCCAGCGCCUUUGGAGACAAUUGCUCAACAGAUUGUCAAGUCUGUAGGCCCCAGUGGCAAGAAUACAGAUUACCUGUUUGAGCUCGCUGAUGCCCUCCGACAACUAGUACCUGAAGACUUCGAUGAUCAUCUGUUCUCUCUGGAACGGCUUGUGAAGGAGCUGCAAGAGGAGGAGUUGGAGUUAAAGUGAUCUGCUCGUCUGUCUUCAAAAGAACUCAGGAAUUUAGUCCUUUUAUCCACUAUGAUGGCUUAUGCACACUAACAAUUUACCGGUACUUGAAAGAGUGUUAGAUACUGUAAGCAGUUGUUCUGUUAAGGUAGUUUAAAAUGUCGUCUUUACCGUUCUAAACCAGGCUGAUUUUAUGAUCAUGUGUUAAACAUGAAUCCAAUCAGGAACUGAAUGGACUACAGUAUGUUGCAUAUUGUGAUUUAGUCAAGUUUGUCAUACCUUUACAUACAUGAAAAUGUAAAUGAAUGGACAGUUCAUAAUUGGAGGGAGGUUUAUUUUACUCAGGAUACUUGCAACUUAAAUGCCAGAAAGCCAUUUUUUUCUUUAAAUUACAUGUUUCCUCACACACUUCACCCAUAAUUAAGCCAUUGAUAUGAACAGGUAGUGAAUCUUAUAAUACAUUGUUUUUAAUUUCUUUACAUUUGGGGUGAAAUACGAGCAGGAAAUGUUCUUGAUUUCAUGAGAUUCACCCAAGCAUAGCUUUGAUUUAGUCACUUAAUGAAAUAAGGAUACUUAAUGGUCACUGGUCAGUCUGUUGUCGAUACUGUAGAUCACCACUUCUAUGUUCCAACAUGUAACUUAAAAGUUAAUGUAUGCAUAUCAUGAAAAUAGUAAUAAUAAUAAUAAUAAUGACUUUGGUUUAUUUAUUAUAAGACCCAGAUGAAAGAUGGCAACAGAGAGGCCAUUUUGAUUAAUUAAAAACAAUGUUUAUUGGCCUUUUGAUUAAAACAAAGCAAACAUCUAAAAAAAAAUAAAAAUAAAAUAAAAUCAUUUAAAAUCACUGCAGUUUUGGCACUAAGCUAAAGGAUGGUUCUGUUAUGUACACUGCAAAAUGUAGAACAGAACUAACCAGGGUAUAACCUGAAGACCUUUCUGGUGGUGUGUAUGAUUCAGAGGACAGUCUAAUAUAGUUCUGUGGCUGGAGUAAAGGGUGACAGAAAAAAAAUGUGUGUGAUGGAGGAUUCUGUGAGAUUACUCAGUUGCAUGCCAAUAAGAAACAGCUCGAAACAUCGUAGACUACAAACAUGCUCACUCACACCAACAUGCAUAUGUAUCUCAUUGCCCUCCAUGACAAGACAGACACUUGUACGAGACCACUCACACCAACUGGCCUCAAA